GUUAGGGGUUGAGCAGUGGGAUUGUGAGGAAGAAUAAGUUGUGUAAGGAGUUAGACAGAGAGAACGUGAUGGGGUAGAAUGUGGUGUAGAAUUAGGAUGAUACAUUGUUGGAAGAGCUGUUAUGCCGCCAACUCCUGAAGAAUGGUUAUUAGUUUCAGAACAAUAUCAAGAGUUGUGGAACUUUCCAAAUUGCUUGGGCGCCAUGGAUGGAAAUCAUGUAGCGCUACAAACGCCAAUAAACAGCGGCAGCGAAUAUUAUAACUAUAAAUCACACUAUAGUAUUGUAUUAUUCGGUUUAGUUGACGCAAAUUACAAUUUUAUAUUUGCUGAUGCAGGCUGUCAGGGUCGAAUUUCUGAUGGAGGCAUGUUUAAACACAGUACACUAUAUAAAAGAUUACAGAGCAAUGACUUGAAGAUUCCUACAGCAAGAAGUCUACCAGGAAGGAAUCAGGAGAUGGAGUAUGUAUUUCUCGGAGAUGAAGCAUUUCCGUUGAAUAAGCAUAUUAUGAAGCCAUUCUCAGGAACCCAUCGGAAAGGAUCACUGGAAAGAAUAUUCAAUUAUCGUCUUAGCCGAGCCCGAAGAAUUGUAGAAAAUGUCUUUGGAAUUUCUUCUGCCGUAUUUCGAAUAUUACGAAAGCCUAUGCUUUUAGAGCCCGAAAACGCAGAACUUGUUGUAAUGACUAUUGUUUUGCUUCACAACUUUUUAAGAAGAAAUAGACACUCUCGGACGUUGUAUAAUCCCACGGGAACCUUCGAUACUGAUAUAGAUGGCCAAUUUGUACUAGGCAAUUGGAGAGAAACACCAACUAAAAACAUGUCAUCGCUAAUCCCUAUUAGAAGUUUGCCCCGAAAAUCACCUAAAGAAGCACAAGACAUUCGAAACGAGUUUGCUGCAUACUUUACUAGCAAUGGUCGUGUAUGUUGGCAUAAAUGCAUAAAUUCUAGUUAUGUAAAGGAUGAGUCAUUAGUGUGUCAUCAUGGCGGGUCUUAAUACAAAUGUUACCUAUUUCAUAAUCUUCUUUGAAUGCAACCCCAUAUGUUUUAUAGCAUUGUUGAUUGCCAUUUUUAAUGCACUUUGAACUUGUUCUCCGGCUUAUUUCUUACGAAUUAUAAACCGAGGACACAGUAGUGACUCACCCUGUACAAAAAUCCUAUAUAAAUAAUAAAAUACUUACGCAUUCUGUCUCUGUAUCAAUUGUUUCUCUUGGUUCAUCUUUGUCAAGUAAGUAAUACAUUCUUUUAAAUGCAUACCAUUUCGAUACAUACACAUCUUGCCGACCUUCAAAA